UUUAUUUUUUCCUUCCUUCUUCUGUUCUUCAUCACCCGCCCGCCUCCGCCUCCCCAGUCAAAAGAAAUGAGCUCUGAGGGACCGGGCCUCUUCUCCGAUUUCGGCAAGAAGGCCAAAGAAAUUUUGACGACAGGUUACAGUAGCCAUCAGAAAUUCACUGUCGAUUCUCGAAGUCAUGACGGAGUUGCCAUUGUUUCAGUUUUAGAAAAGAAGGGAAGCCUCUCCACCGGAUAUGUGUCAGCAAAGUACAAUUUCAAGAACACUGGAAUAGAUGUCAAAAUUGACACCGACUCAAAUAUCUUGACAGAAUUGACCUUCGAUGAUAUUCUUCCAUCAACAAAGGCUAUUGCUUCAUGUAGAUUACCUGAUUAUAAAUCUGGGAAGUUUGAGGCUCAAUAUUUCCAUGAACAUGCAAGGUUCACUAUGGCUAUGGGUCUGAACAAGUCUCCUGCUGUUGAUGUUUCGGCAACAAUUGGCACUCCACACAUUGCCUUUGGCACAGAAGCUAGUUACGCCUUCGCUUUUCGUAACUUUACAAAAUACAAUGCUGGUGUUAGCUUGACAAAACCCAAUUUUUCUGUUUCUGUAAUUCUAGCUGAGAAAGGAGAUGCAUUGAGGGCAAUAUAUUUACACCAUCUGGACCAGAAAAAGAGAGGAACUGUUGUUGGAGAGAUGGAAAUAAAAUUCUCUGCAAAUGAGAGCACACUAACAGUGGGAUGUUCAUAUGCUGUUGAUGCUCACACAACCAUGAAGGCGAAGCUCAACAAUCACGGCAAGCUUGGAGCCCUAGUAAAACAUGAGUUGAAGCCAAAGUCUUUCUUGACAGUAUCUGGGUCGUUUGACACCAAGGCAAUGGAUCAAAUCCCCAAAUUUGGCGUGUCCCUCGCUCUUGUGCCUUGAAAAGCUUUAAUUGAUCUAGUGGCAAGAGGAUAGAUAUUGAAUAUUGAUUCUUUUGAACACUGCUGUUAGAAGGGUAGAUUGAUUCAUUUUAGGAUUGCUGGGGGAUUGAAUAUUGAUUCUUUUGAACACACACACACACACACACACAAGAGACAUGAAAAUACCAUUUUCUCUUUCAUUGUAAGUAUUUUGUUACCAAAAUAUAAGAUCGAAGUUCAUUUUUGUUACUU